ACAGUCUGCGUCCGCUCAUACACAUGGUUAUUAUCCCUUAUCAACAAUCUUGGUGCACAUUUAGCCCAAUUCAAAAUUUAUGGGAUGAUGUCAACCAGUCUAAUUAGUUUUGUUUUCGCCGAAUAGCAAACCAUGUAUUGCGUUACGAAACCCCUUUAUCCUCUCUCUUUCUCUCAGUUCCCCCAUUUGAAUUUAGGAUUCGCGUUUCUGUUCGUGUCCGUGACCUAAAAAGACAUUCUAGAGAGAUCUGGGUUUCUUGAAGCUGUUGUGAGGAUCUUAUGGGUGGUUUGACUAAUGAGCUUUUAUCUUCAAAACCCAGUUUUCAAUUGUGAGGCCAGAGAGAGGUUUUGGGUUAAUUGAGUGGGAAUUUAGAGAAAAAAUAUAUAGAAGAUGGUUGCAAGAACCCCACAAAAGCAGAGGAAAGUGGCGAUGGUGGUGCCUCCUCUCAACUCAGAUCUUCUCAAGGAAACAAUCAACAAGGUUGACAAAUGUAUGGAAAGACUGCAAGAGUUACAGUACACAAUUGCAGGAGGAACCAAAGUUGUCUCCGGUGUGAACCUUAGCCCUCGAAGUACUAGAACUUACUUGAGGACUAGUCUUAGAUGCAAGCAAGAAACUUUAAGGAUCAAGAGUGCUACUAAUAAGAAAUCUCCAGUAGGGAAGUUUCCAGCUUCCUCACCAGGAGAUUGGAGGAAAAUGUCACUCCCAGCAAUGCUACUAGGAGAGACUGUAAAUGAAAUCUUACAAGCCUCACAGGUCACCAGAGACAUUGUAGAAGCCAUAGCACCAAAGAAGAGUAGAAAGUCCAGGAGAUUAACAAUGUCACAAGAAGACGAUGGCCCUAAAACACCCGAGACAGAACGAAAAGCCCGGGAACCGAACCAACCUGAAACUGUCAGUAGCAAUUUCAAAGCGAGAAGGAAGAAAGAAAAGCAGAACAGACGUUCAGAAUCAGAUUCUCCUCCAUCUCAACAAAGGGCACGCUCAAGAAUUGCGUUCACAACCGUGUCUCCACAGAAAAUAGCAGGGAAGGUUCAGGGAAAGGGAAAUGGUGAGAAUAGUUUUCGGCAUUUGGCUAACAGGGUUUCACCAAAGCACAAACCUUGGGUUCAAAAGGCGGUUCUUUUUCCGAACCCUCUGUUUAUUUCCGGCACCGCUACACAACAAGCCAAGUUCAGUAGAACAAUGUCUCCGGUCAUCGCCAGAAAUGAGAUAUCCAGCAUCAAGAACAGUAAAGAGACGCCUCACAAUUGCAGGAGGAACCAAAUUUGUCUCUGGUGUGAACCUUAGCCCUCCAAGUACUAGAAUUUACUUGAAGACUAGUCUUAGAUGCAAGCAAGAAACUUUUAGGAUCAAGAAUGCUACUAAUAAGAAAUCUCCAGUAGGGAGGUUUCCAGCUUCCUCACCAGGAGAUUGGAGGAAAAUGUCACUCCCCGCAAUGCUACUAGGAGAGACUGUAACUAAAAUCUUACAAGCCUCACAAGUCAGUCACAAGAGACAUUGUAGAAUCCAUAGCACCAAAGAAGAGUAGAAAUUCCAGGAGAUUAACAAUGUCACAAGAAGAGGAUGGCCCUAAAACACCCGAGAAGAACGAAAAUCCCGGGAACCGAUUUUCAGGCUCACAGAGGAUAAUGGAAGGAAAACUGAUUCAUGCUCUUUUGUGGAAUUGUGCAUUGAGAGUGCGCUAAUGGAUAUGUACUCUAAAUGUGGAAGCAUUGAAGAUGCGUGGAAGAUUUUCGAGUCCACCGAAGAAGUUGAUGAAGUUUCGAUGACAUUGAUAUUAGUUGGUUUAGCACAAAAUGGGUCAGAGGAAGAAGCUAUACAGUUCUUCAUUAGAAUGCUUCAAGCUGGUGUAGAGAUUGAUGCAAAUGUAGUUUCAGCUGUUCUUGGAGUUUCGUUUGUCGAUAAACUCUUUGGGUCUAGGCAAGCAACUGCAUUCUUUAGUUAUCAAAUGAAAAUUCUCCGGUAACACCUUUGUCAACAAUGGACUCAUUAACAAACUGUCUCUCGACGAAUGCCCAAAAGGAACUAUGUUUCAUGGAACUCGAUGAUUGCAGCAUUUGCUUGCCAUGGUCACGGAUUAGCUGCCUUGAAACUAUAUGAAGAAAUGAUUAUGCAAGACGUGAAGCCUACAGAUGUUACCUUUCUAUCACUACUUCAUGCUUGUAGCCAUGCAGGGUUAAUCGAUAAAGGCCGAGAACUCUUAAACGAUAUGAAAGAUGUCUAUGGAAUCAAGCCUAGGACAGAGCAUUAUACCUGUAUUAUUGACAUGUUGGGUCGAGCUGGUCUUAUGAAAGAAGCAAAGAGCUUUAUAGACUCAUUGCCCGUGAAACCUGACUGUAAAAUGUGGCAGGCCUUGCUUGGAGCUUGUAGUUUCCAUGGUGAUACAGAAAUAGGGAAAUAUGCAGCUGAACAGUUGCUUCAAACUGCACCUGAUAGCUCAGCUGCUCAUAUCUUGAUGGCUAACAUAUACUCAUCCAGAGAAAAAUGGAAGGAAAGGGCGAAGACUAUCAAGAGAAUGAAAGCAAUGGGAGUGACUAAAGGAACAGGCAUAAGUUGGAUUGAAAUUGAGCAUAAAACACACUGCUUUGUGGUUGAGGACAAAAUGCAUCCACAAGAAGAGGCUAUAUAUGAUGUUCUGUCUGAAUUGUUUCCGGUUAUGGUAGAUGAAGGUUACAGACCUGAUAAGAGGUUUAUUCUCUGUUAUACAGGAGAUGGCAGAAAUGGCACAAUUGUCUUAGUUCCUUAA